ACCACAUUUCUUGGUACAUAGCUAGCUAGGAUACACUAGUUGCCGGAGGAUCGAGGUCGGUCGAUCGCCGGCUCGAUCGUUGAGCUCCCUUGGUUCUCUUUCUUGUAGUGGAUUAGUGGCGUUCGCGAAGAACCCAAAUACCCAAUGGGGACUGAACCUGAUCCAAUCCAACAAGAUUCGCCUGCACCUCCACGUCCGACCCCGGCACCUCAAGCUACGCCUCCACCUGCUAUUCCAGAAUCCGGACCACCGCCACCUCCUGCACCAGACAUGCCACCUCCACCUCCGACCCCGGCACCUCAAUCUUCGCCUGCACCGCCACCUGCACCAGACAUGACACCUCCACCUGGACCUGGUCCGGCAGCAGCACCUUCGCCACAUUCUCCUAGUCCUAGCAACGCACCUUGGGUCGCACCUGCGGCGGAUAUUCCGCCCCCGCCCCCGCCACCGCCAAAUCCACUUCCGGUCAUUAUAGCUGUAACAGUCCCGGUGUGCAUAUUAUUUAUGGCCAUCCUUCUCUACGUAUACGUCAAGUGCCGCAGAAAAAGGAUGGCCCUUAGCACGAAGCAUCAACAUAUCAAAGCCGCCGCCACACACGAGAGCGAGCCUAACGAGCUUCGUGACGCUGAAGCCGGUGCGCUCGAGCCAGUGGCGUCGUCCGCCGGACCAAACCACGGUAAAGAGUACGGCGGCGACCCAGCAGCCGCCGCCGGACCAAGGCAGUACGAAUAUGGCGAGCGAGUGGUGUCCGACGGCCCGAGGCACGGUGCAGCGUACAACGAGCUCGUUGCCGCUGGACCGAGGCUGUACGAGUACGGCGAGCUCGCGGCCGCGACGCGUGAUUUCGCGGAGGAGGAGAAGCUCGGCCGGGGCGGGUUUGGCAGCGUCUACCAGGGCCGCCUCGCCGGCGGCGUCGAGGUGGCCAUCAAGAAGUUCUCGUCGGACUCGUCGUCGCAGGGCAGGAAGCAGUUCGAGGCCGAGGUGAAGAUCAUCAGUUCCCUGAGGCAUCGCAACCUCGUGCGCUUGUUAGGCUGGUGCGAUAGCUCCAUGGGGCUCUUGCUCGUGUACGAACUUGUCCAGCACGGUAGCCUAGACAAGCAUAUCUACAACGCCGACAAGCCAUUAACAUGGUCAGAGAGGUAUAAGAUCAUUCUUGGGUUAGGAUCGGCACUACGCUACCUUCACGAAGAGUGGGAGCAAUGCGUCGUGCACGGCGACAUCAAGCCAAGCAACAUCAUGCUCGACUCGUCAUACAACACCAAGCUAGGUGACUUCGGGUUGGCAAGGCUCGUCGACCACGACAAGGGAUGGCAGACGACCAAGGCCGUGCUCGGCACUGCCGGGUACAUAGACCCAGAGUUCAUCACCACGCGCCGGCCGAGCGUUCAGUCCGACAUCUACAGCUUCGGCAUCGUCCUCCUCGAGAUCGUCUCCGGCCGGCCACCGGUUCUCUUGCAGGAAGGCGCGCCGCCGUUCAUGCUGCUGAAGUGGGUGUGGAGCCUGUACGGCCGAAACGCGAUCCUGGACGCGGCGGACGAGCGCCUCUGGGCCGCCGGUGGCGGCAAAGAGGACGACGCGCGGCAGAUGGAGCGCGUUUUGAUCGUCGGGCUGUGGUGCACACAGCCUGACAUGGCGGAUCGUCCGUCCAUUCCACAGGCUAUGCACGUCCUGCAGUCCGAUGACGCGAAGCUGCCGGAUCUCUGGCCGCAGAUGUACAUGGCCUCGCCGUCGCCGGCGAAGAACUUCGCGAUGGGCGAGUACCGUCUCUCCGGCGUCUCGUCCUUCACGAGCAGCGGCGUCCCCUCGUCGGCUACCAGUGGCACGACACGGUCGUCUGGCUCGUUUGCGUACUGAUUCCCCGGCCGAUUCGUGGAAUAUAACCUGCUUCGUCGACCUCCUGGUUAUCGAUCUCGUAAAAUGUGAUGUACUGUACGUCGUACCAUGCUUGCAUGCAUGAUGUCUGAGGAUCUGUGUCUCGGUCUCUCGGAGAUGGUCGAUCUCUCUCUUGUCAUAUUGUAUCAACCGUAUGUGUCGUGUGUUGCGGUGUGAGUGUGGUGUGAUUCGAUUUUAUAUUUCGGAAAUGCUAUAUUUCUGGCAAAGU